AUGUUAUUUAUUAAACAAAUCUCUGGAUUAGCUCUGCUCUGAGGGUUAAUCCUUGUGGCAUAUGCCUUGCAUGACAAAAUUCAGGGAAGAUGGAGCCCUGAUUCAGAUAUCUGUAGCACUGACCUUGACUGCUCUUCCAAAUUCACUUCAUGUAGGAGCGGGUUUUGUGAGCAUAAAGGUAUAUUUCCUCUCAGUCUUGCAGAAUUCUUCUCAGCAUUUAUUGUCUUACUCACAAUUUCACUCGGGAAUUCAGUAGGAAUUGGAGGAGGAGCCAUCAUAACUGUCACAGGAUACACUCUUUUGGAUCUUACAGUGACAGAGGCCGUGGCUGUAGCAAAUCUCACAAUAUUUUGAGCAAUGUUCUCAGGUUAUCUGAUGAAUUUUUACAAGAAACAUCCUCUUAAAAACGCUACUCUUGUUGAUUAUGGAAUAGUCCAAUGACAAAUGCCAGUCAUCGGAGUUGGAACAUUUGUCGGCUCGCAGCUAAACACAGUCCUCCCUGACAUAGUUGUCCUUCUCUUCUUAAUGGCCUUGCUAGUGUGAAUAGCAGCAGCUGCUAUCCUAAAAUGCAUUGAUCUCCUAAGAAAAGAAAAUAGUUUGUUAAACUUAACAGAACAGGUUAGGCCCCUCAAUGGACGUCACGGACAUAUUAAUAGUGCUUCAAGUAACAUCGAUGAAGUUUCAUCUGAACGAAUCAAGCUCUUGGAAGAGGACUCCCCUAAAGAGAAGUUAUUUAGCAGUGGCAACAGACUCUUUCAUCCGGUAAAUUCAUCUACCAGAGCUCCUCAAGACUCUGACCUUCUUGUAUCAUCCCAAAGACAAAAUCUUGAUAAAGUUGGAGAUGAAUCAAACUCCGGUCUUGAUCCCUUGAAAACAUUUGGAGCACAGAAGGCGGAGUAUACAUCAGAGGAGAUUAGUCCUACUCUUGAGAAGAUAUUUUAUGGCGAGAGACACCAUUUCACUAUUGAUAAAAUUAUUCUGGUUGGAGUACCUAACCUCCUUGUAACAAUUAUUCGGAUAUUUAGAGGCUCUAGUACCUUCCAAAAUUUAAUUGGAUUAUCCAAGUGAAGUGCUGUAGACUGGGUCUUCUUCUGCCUAGAGCUUUCAACUCUGGUUGCUUUCUCAUUCAUUAACAUCAUCCUUCUGAGGAAGAGCUAUCAGGAGAAAAAACAAUCUGGGUACAAAUUUGUGAAAGGAGAUGUAGAAUGGAAUGACAGAAGUGUAGCAGCAUUUGGAGGGUUAGCUGGAGUUGGAGGAUUCGUAGCUCAAACCGUUGGGCUUAGCACUGAAGUUCUGUUUACGCCUUCGUACAUCAGAAUGGGAGUGAUGCCUCCCGUUGCAGGGGUAACUUCCCAGUUCUUAGGAAUGUGGGCAACCAUGACUGGGUCAAUUUUGUUUGCUAUUAUGGGAUAUAUGCACUUUGAAAUUGGUCUCUGGCUUGGGCUAUUCUCAACUAUUGGCACAAUAUUUGGUAGUGAGGCUAUUGGAGGCUAUGUAGGAAGAAAAGGAAGACUUUCGAUAGCAUUAGGAAUAAUCUCAUUUUUGGUUAUUGCUAGUAUUGUGGCUGAAGGGUCAGCAGGAAUCGUUAAAGCUAUAAAUAAGAGGAACGAUGGAGAAAACAUCUGGGCAUUUGGUAACUAUUGAUAAAUAACCUUCUUUCAAUUCAAA